AUGCCUGAUCCUUCCAAAUCAGAUACUAUAAAUUAUAUUAAGUCUAUGAAAAUUGAAAUAAAGUCAUUGUCAGCACGAAUAAAUUAUCUUACACGUUUUGUGGUUCAACAGAAGCGUCAGUUAGACUCUGCGUUGAAAAAGAUUUCAUCUCUGGAGCAGUCUUCUAAAUACCCCUUGAAUCGAUCAAUUGGUGUAUCUCACUCACCUCAAUCUACACGUUCUGUAGGAUGUCAAAUUUCUCCAGGAACAAACCCUCUUGUUUCUCUCUCUCCUGAUGUGAAUGAAUUAUCUUCAAAUAGUGAAUCAUUUGAAGGCUUGAAUAAAUGCCUUCAACCGUCCAAUAGUGUAAACCUACCAAGGUGCUGUACACCUCAGAAGAAACCCAGUCCGUUUGAAUCACCUUCAACUCAAAAUGGAUCUGUAAUUUCGCUAAAAAAGAAAAAAAGACGUUCUUCAGUUAUUCCAACUGAGUUACGUAAAACAAAAAAAAAUAUUCUAUCCUCAUAUCAAUUUUCAAAGACUCCUGAACGAAAUGUACAUUGUUCUAAAGAGAGACAUGUUCAAGGAAGCUCACAAAAGCAUUCAAUCAAAUAA